UCGUAAUCGAGGACAGGCAACGUUACCUACGGACCUUUGCAAAUUGUACUUCCAGCUGUCUGUCACAUUACCUGCCAGACCUUUUGCUUGACUGCUACCUACCAAACGAAAAAAAAAAACACACAUUCGGGUCCUUCGUUAUCGUGUGUUCAGCCCCCGAAUCUUGGCAGACAGUUGAUCACUUCCCCACUAGGCUGCGCUAUCCAGCAGAGCAAGCCUUUGCAAUUGAACCAAGUCACAACCCCGCCGCUGGUCUUCAUCUCUGCUGGUGUGGUGUUUCAACACGUCAGCUCGACUUGUGGCUGGACCCGCGCUUGACGCCUUUGGCCUGAACGACUUUCGCAAACCGUGAGGCUCGGGAUGGCGAUAUUCCCAAUCUAGUCCUAGCCGCCAGACUUGCAAUCUGGCCACUGGUGUCUUCCCCCGCAGGGCCAAGCUGAAGCUGAGCGUCGUGUCCUCCCACGGCGCUGACCGGUGGUUGUGAGGGUUCCAGUUCCCAGUACCAGUACAGUACUGGUAGUUUAUGUAUAGAUGUAGGCACCUGUCCAAGCUAGGCAGGAGAUUCGCGUGUUAAAGAAGGCAGCUGAGGUCAAGAAUGACAUUCUUGCCGAGUUAAAGAAAUCGCAUCCCGUGCUUGAUACUAGCAGCCACUGGUCGGAACUGUCUAGGACAGCAUUCCGAUUAUAUUUGUUUUCUCCCACCAGCCAAACCAAUUCAAAAUCACCAUUCAGCACCUCCUUGCCUACUUCGUACCAAGUUACUGGUUCAUCUGAUUGGGUUCGCUGAUCCAUAGGUCUAGAAGCCAAACUCCAUUACGAACCAACGCAGCAACAAUCCAAUAUCAAUAGCAACCAUACCGGGAUUAAUCCACGCCAUUUCACCGCUUAUUGUCGCAGCAGACUAAAAAUCGGCCAUUUGCGGUCCAUUAACUGCUUCUCCUCCGCCUUGGCUUGGGUAGCUGUGCCUCUCAAUCUGUAGCUCAUACUUUUAAAAAGGUCUUAUGCACCUCGUAUUUGAGUGACAAGACAACAGAGGGAGGAAAAAAACACUCCAUCCACGCUCGCCGUCGGCGGGUCGAUCGAUCCGAAGACUGGACCCCUUGGUGUGGGUGGAUAUGGUACAUACGGACCGCAACCAUUUCCCGAUAAAUACGGCCGCGCCCUCUCAUCUUCACGGUCUCCCGGUGUCAUGCAGCCGCUCAUUUCUGCCAUGACAUCCCUACGCGACAUAAUAAUCGCGGCUUUCAAGUCCCUCACCAGGGGCAAGUCCUUCAUCCGGGCCCUGCUGGCCUUUUGGAUCAGCCCCAACGUCAUUAAAGAGUGCCAGGAGUCGAACGAUGGCUCGUCUUCGCCUAGGCUCCUUGAGGACUUCCUCCUCGAGGUUGAGCAUCUCCUCUCGCAGCCAAUAGAGCCUGCGGCUCUGCUCGGCUUCUCUGGUAACCUCAAGAAGCAGUUUCGCCAACGACUAUGGUCCAACCGGGCUUGCAUGCUGCCCUCAUACAACUAUCAGCUACCUAAUGGUUCGGAGCAAGGCCGCUACCUGUCUGUGGAUGUCGGCGGCUCAACCCUCCGCGUGGCUUUGGUUGAGCUCAAGGGGUUGGAGGAGGGUGGCUAUGAUGGUUGCAGUCGAAUUGUGAGAAUCGACAACUUUCGCAUAGAUGUCGGCGUCAAAGCGCUUGUUGGGAGGGCCUUUUUCGACUGGAUGGCGGCAAGGAUCCUCGAAACACUCAAAUCGGCGUCAGAGGGUGGUCAAAAUAACAAGGAAGAGUUCAACGGCAGUCCGCAGGCCCCGAUCCCAAUGGGACUGGCAUGGAGCUUUCCCAUCGAACAAACAUCACUGAAGGGAGGCUUGUUGCAAAAUAUGGGCAAGGGAUUCCUUGCCGCCGACGGACUGCUUGGUCAAGACCUCGGCGAAAUAGUUAAACAGGCAUGCAGUGGCCACAAUCUCCAUGUGGAAGUUGCAGCCAUAAUCAACGACUCCUCUGCCGCGCUUCUCUCCGAGUCUUACCGCCGUCCAUCAACCCGCUUUGGACUCAUUCUUGGAACAGGGUUCAACAUCGCGGCGUAUAUGCCAGUUACCACUAUUGAACGACCCAAAUUCGGGGUUCGACCGGCCAGCUGGUUCGAAAAAGCAAGCCACGUCAUUGUCAAUACAGAAAUGGGCAUGUUUGGUCAGGGAUUCCUGCCGAUGACCCGAUGGGACGAGCAGCUAAAGGCAGCGCAUCCCAAGCCUGAAUUUCAACCCCUUGAGCACUUUGUUGCCGGGCUCUACAUUGGCGAGCUUGCUCGGCUCAUCAUGAUUGAUGCUAUAGAGACAACUGGCCUGUUUGGCGGUGUUGUACCGCCGAGUUUGGUGGGCCCUUAUACUUUGGAAACCGAGACAUUGUCCAUCCUGGAGAGCGACGACAGUGUCAAUCUCGAAAACGCCCUGGCUGCAUUCACAUCCCGCCAUCCCUCGUCACAAAAACCCAUCGUCUCGGACAUAUUGGCCCUACGUACCAUAUCCAAACUUGUCACCCGCCGUUCUGCCGCCCUGGUCGCGGCGGCUCUGUACGGACUCUGGGAGCUCAAGAGAGAAACCGAAAACGAGUACCUCGAACCACAGGAGACUGUAAAGUCUACUGAUAUGCCAUUCGCACAGGAGACUAGAGCCGAGCUGGAUCUCGGUCGCGUCGUGGUUGGCUUCAACGGAUCUGUUAUUGAGCAAUACCCCGGCUAUCGAACUAAUUGCCAGAUAUACAUUGACGCGCUAUUCAAAAGGUCACAGGAGCAGCUCUCCCAGGGAGGAGGUUUGUCCCGUGAAGAGGCGCUAAUCGAGCUCGUCCCCGCAAAGGAGAGCUCGCUCCUCGGGGCUGCUGUGGCGCUGGCGUGUCUUGAAAGAGGCAAGGCUAAUUGAUUCCCAAUUACGAACCGAGCAAGUACUUUUUUAUUUUAUUUUAACAUGAGCGUAUUAUUAUUUAUUUAUUAAAUGGAUUCAUUUUGCACACCUUGUCUUGC